CUCUUUUAUAUAUAUAUAUAUAUAUCAUAAACAUUCAUGCGAACCCUUCUUCUUUUACUGCUAUUUGCCAUUGUUUACGUCGCAGCAGAAGGCCUUACUACCUACAUUGUCGCCUUUAAGGACAAUACCAGUCAGAAAGAUAUUGAAAAGUUUAAACAAGACGUCAAGAAAGCAGGUGGAACGAUUAAAGAUGAAAUCAACUUGGGGAUAAAAGGAUUGAUCAUUUCUUUACCUAAACCAGUCGAGGGUGCCUCUCUUGAAGCCUUGGGCACCAAUGACAAUAUUGAUUUUAUUGAGGAAGAUAGGACAUUUCAAAUCGAAGAACCCGGAUUUGCUAAAUAAUAAAAGGUUAAUUUUUUUAUACCAAUUUACUCAUCAUUAUCAAGUAUAUACACACACACUCAUUGACAUCUUUUUCACCGAUGCUUAUACGGUUAAACAAUUUUAUUUAUUUAUUUAUAAAAUAUAAAGGCCACAAGGAGCACGUAAUAUUUUUAUUAUAUCGUUUUUGCCCUGGGCAGUUCAAGUUGUGAGGCAGUAUCUAAAAAUCCUUCUGGGCUCG